AUGGGCGCGCCACGCCCCACGGACGGUGGCCGGCGAGGCUCAGGAAGGCACGCGGAAUUGGAGAACCCUGAGGAAGGAGGGAGCAUCCAUAGAGUUCAGCAGCAGCAGCGAGGCUGGAGCAGAAGAGGAAUGAUGGUGAACAGCCUCUCGCUGUGCUACCACAACAAACACAUCUUGGCACCUAUGGUUCGAGUGGGGACUCUCCCGAUGCGGCUGCUGGCCCUGGACUAUGGAGCAGACAUUGUGUACUGUGAGGAGCUAAUCGACCUCAAGAUGCUCCAGUGCAAGAGAGUUGUCAAUGAAGUGCUCAGCACUGUGGACUUUGUGGCCCCCGAUGACCGAGUGGUAUUCCGCACCUGCCAAAGAGAACAGAGCAAGGUCGUCUUCCAGAUGGGGACUUCAGAUGCAGAGCGAGCCCUUGCUGUGGCCAGACUUGUAGAAAACGAUGUGGCUGGUAUCGACGUUAAUAUGGGCUGUCCAAAAGAAUAUUCCACCAAGGGAGGAAUGGGAGCUGCUCUGCUGUCAGAUCCUGACAAGAUCGAGAAGAUCCUCAGCACUCUUGUUAAAGGGACAAGCAGACCUGUGACCUGCAAGAUUCGCAUCCUACCAUCGCUGGAAGAUACCCUGAACCUUGUGAAGCGGAUAGAGAGGACUGGCAUUGCCGCCAUCGCAGUUCAUGGGAGGAAGCGGGAGGAGCGACCUCAACACCCUGUCAGCUGUGAAACCAUCAAAGCCAUUGCCGAAACCCUCUCCAUUCCUGUCAUAGCCAAUGGAGGAUCUCACGACCACAUCCAAGAUUAUUUGGACAUUGAGGAUUUCCGACAGGCUACAGCAGCCUCUUCAGUGAUGGUGGCCCGAGCUGCCAUGUGGAACCCGUCCAUCUUCCUCAAGGAGGGUCUGCGGCCCCUGGAGGAGGUCAUGCAGAAGUACAUCCGAUACGCCGUGCAGUAUGACAAUCACUACACCAACACCAAGCACUGCUUGUGCCAGAUGCUGCGAGAACAGCUGGAGUCACCCCAGGGAAAGUUGCUCCAUGCCGCCCAGUCUUCCCGGGAAAUUUGUGAGGCCUUUGGUCUUGGUGCCUUCUAUGAGGAGACCACACGAGAACUGGACUCCCGGCGGGCCGAGGUCCUGGCCAGGACCCCAGCGGAGCCGGAGGAGCCGGCUGAAGAUACCUCUGGUGUCAUUAAGAUGGCUGUCAAGUUUGACCGGAGAGCAUAUUCACCUCAGAUCACCCCCAAGAUGUGCCUACUGGAGUGGUGCCGGAGGGAGAAGUUGGCGCAGCCCGUAUAUGAAACGGUUCAACGCCCCCUGGAUCGCUUCUUCCGCUCUGUUGUCACUGUGGCUGAGCAAAAGUAUCAGUCCACCUUGUGGGACAAGUCCAAGAAACUGGCGGAGCAGGCUGCAGCCAUCGUCUGUCUGCGGAGCCAGGGCCUCCCUGAGGGUCGACUGAGUGAAGAGAGCCUCUCUUUGCACAAGCGUAAGAGGGAGGCACCUGACCAGGACCCCGGGGGCCCCAGAGCUCAGGAGCCAGCAGUGCCUGGGGAGCUGUGCAAGAAGCCCUUUGUAACCUUGGGAAGUGGUGACAAGAGCCCCCUGGAAGGCUGGUGA